UUUAAUCUGGGUGUUGUUAUUUAUAUAUACCCUCUUAUUUAUGUUGGCCAGUGACAAACGACGGAAAAUCUCUUCAAACAAAUCGAGUUCCUUCACAAUCCUGAACUCUGAUUGGUCAAAACUAAUCAACGUCAYACUAAUUUAUGUUAAUUAUUUCUGGGCUGGUAAUAUCUUGGCUUUCCUUACCUUCACAUUAACAUCUGUUGUGAUUUUCGGUUGAUUUUUUCGCAUCAAAAAGCUUAUAUUCCAUGGUUAUCGUAAACCUCGAUAGCUGCUUGGCCAAGGACGCUAUUGCACAUAUCUAAAGCAAGGUUUCCGGAAUUUUUAGCACACUUCGCAUACGUAAUGAGCAGAUAAUUCAUGAGAAUCAAUAUGGCCGACUGGGAGGAAUAUUUCUCGAAACAAACAGCUCCAGCCAACUUAAAAGAAACGAAAACUGUCGUUGCUGAAUUCGCUGCAACCCACAGAAAUGCUGGCAGGAAUGUAGUGCUAAUGACGUCUGGUGGCACUGCUGUACCAUUGGAGAGUAAUACUGUAAGGUUUAUUGACAAUUUCAGCAGUGGAACAAGAGGAGCAGCAUCRGCUGAACAGUUUCUCCAGCAAGGAUAUGCAGUUAUAUUUCUAUUCAGACAGCAUUCUUUGCAGCCAUUCUCUCGUCACAUUUCUCCUGAUAGCUUUUUGGAUAUACUGGAGUUUAAAGGAGAUAGUGAAGGAUCUCUUCAUAUUGAAGUUGAUGAGUCAAGAGCACCCAAUUUGCGAGAGGUAUUGAAAAAGUAUCACGAGGUGCAAGUCCUAGGAACACUUCUUCUAGUGGAGUUCAACACCUUGUCAGACUAUCUUUUUCUUCUUCGUACCAUGGCAGAAGCGUUAGGCAACUUGGGCCCACAAGUCAUGUUUUAUCUUGCUGCUGCUGUUGCUGAUUUUUAUAUUCCUGAAGAAAGCAUGGCUGAGCACAAGAUCCACUCAGAAAGUGGUCCUCUYAAACUUGUCAUGCAGCAAGUACCGAAAAUGCUGUCUCCUUUAGUCAAGGAAUGGGCUGAAAAUGCUUUUGUUGUGUCAUUCAAGCUUGAAACUGAUGUCAACAUUAUAUCAAAAAAGGCACGCGAGGCACUUAAUAAAUACAAUCAYCAAGUUGUUGUGUCCAAUAUACUCCAAACAAGAAAGAAGACGGUGGUCAUUGUAACACCAGCCCAUGAAAUGGCAGUUUGGAUGUCGGACGAGGAACUUGAACAAGGAAAAGAAAUCGAAGCUAAAAUUGUCACAGAACUAAUUAAGAUGCACCAGAGAUUCAUAAGCGGGUCGGCGUUGCAAGGUACACAGUUUAUAACCAGUCAGUUGGCUGAGAACCUUCCUCUACCACAGAUUGCUUCAUUUCAAUACGGAAUGCAACCCGCUCAGCCACCAUUGACGCCUCAAGAUACUUGCUCGCCAAGUUACAGUAACUACGCACCUUCUACGCCUCCUACAAGUGUGAAUCACAUCAGGUUAAGAAAAAACGACGACACGAACACUUCACCAUCGUCGUCCCCGUUGCCUGACGGGGUCAUUCCUCSCACUCCGCCAACGCCCAACUCUGGUAAAAUUGGAAGGUUUGGUAUUCUUUCUGACCUGUCUUUAACGCCAGACAUGAAAGAAUUUAUCGAAUCUUUYCGCACCAGGAGAAUUGCUCUUGGAUAUACCCAGGAAGACGUGGGGUUCGAGCUAUCACGAACCAAUGGUCCUUCGUACAGCCAAUCUUUCAUUUCAAGAUUCGAAUCGAAAAAUCUGGGUCUGAAAGCGGCCGAGAAAAUGAAACCCGUCAUGCAAGCAUGGCUGGAACAAAAAGAACUKGAAAACUCCAAGGGUUUACGAGUGUGCAAGAAGCGAAAACGUCGAACGUCAUUUUCGAACGAAGUUCUACGUGUUCUGAUUUCUCACUUCGAACGAAAUCCAAAGCCAAGUUCAGCCGAUAUUGUUGAGAUCGCCAAGGAAGUGGAUCUUGAGCCAGUUACGAUACGAGUUUGGUUUUGCAAUCGCAAGCAAAUGCUUAAAAGAAUGGCGACUGGGAAGAUCCGGGUGAACAAUUCGUUAAAAGCCGAAUUAGAAGCUAAAUUGAAGGCGCCAGGGCAAGGCAAAGAUGUGAAGUUUGACUUUACUCACAUGCCUGUUGGGCAAUUCUCUUUUACAGAGGAUAGAGUGAAACCACUCGUCUGUGUGGCGUCCGAGGGAAGCCCGGUCAAGAACACGCCGCGCACCGCUUCGGUCACCUAUGCCCAGGUUCACGAUGAUACAAUAGUUCAUGCCACCACGCUUACAACUGCACCGGUCGGGUUCACCGUAACCGAGCAAAGUCAUAUCAAUCAGCUAUCAUUUGUUAAUAGUGUUAAACCAACCAAAACUUCUGGAGAAAAUUCUACUGGAGGUCACGUUACGUUCACCGGGAAUUCUCCUGGAACGCACGUUGAACACGCUCCGGUUGCGAGUUUAAACUUUGACUCUCCGGCAGUGCAGAAAGUACAACAUUUGCAAUAUACGCGAGGUGUKAACGAUGACGGCACGCUACACGAGUACCAGACUAAUGUAGUUAUGUCCGAACACUCUUGAGUGUGUAUUAUACUGUGAUAUACUAAAGGCUUCAACCKCUACGUAGAUAUGGAAAUUCUGCCCACAGCACCAUUCUUUGAAAACUGAGAACUCUUUUAGAAGUGAGAGACAUUGUCUGUCAGUGCAGGAAGUGUGCCAACGAYACCAUUGAGGAAAAUGGUAAAUCAAUCAACAUUUCAAAAUCAAACUGCAUGGGCAUCGCAGUUGCAGCAGUAUUUGUUGACACUAAAGGAAUGUCUUCGUUGCUCAGUGAUAUGAAGUUAUAGCUGACUAUCACAAYAUAUGGCAUUCAAUGGUGUACGGUAAUUAUACUCAGCGAUAACUGUCGCUGAUGUGURUAUUCAUAUAAAUUAAGGAAUUUAGGCUAAAAAGGACUCGCUUCACGUUAUUAUAGACAUGUUGGAGCAAUAUAUGGAGCAAUAUAUAUAUGAAAAGGAACCAACUUCUGUAGGGGAUUYAAACAAAAUGUCCAACAUGGUUGCCCCAACGUGAUGGUGGUACCACCAUUAGUGUUGAUAAAUUACAUGUAUUUCAUCACACACUAAAAAAUAUUAAAUAAUAUUAAACUAAUUAGUACCAUGGCAUAGAGUGAAGGCACUAAACCAGACAAAAAUAUAAUACAGCGAAGAUAGUAAACCCUUGAAACAACGCCUAAUAACAGGCAAGAUGUAAGUCAUAUUGACCGUUUUGCAUUGACAAGUGGCUGUCAUAGCUUAGCCUGCGUUCAGAAAGUACUUUUCCUGCGUUUUUGAGACGUUUUUUUUUUUGAAAUAUUUCAAGAAAGGACAUAAGAAGAUCGAAGACGCGUAAUAUUGUUGUUGAGAGGUGAUUGCUUCGAUGUAUUUAUUAUCACUUGAUCAAAUAAAAUAGGCACUUAUGAAACAAGRUUCCACGAAUCGGCCAAAACGUUUCUCACUUUUACUCUGCAYCAGAAACUAGAUUAACACUCGGUUKUUCAAUUAAUACAACUAGAAGGGAAAUGCAAUAAAGACCAAAAUAAUACUGUUUCAAACACAAGCACGGCACUUUAAGAUUUUUCGACUGCCUGACGUUUAGUUYCAGAACUAAAACUCGGUUAAUAACUAAGUUUGUGCACAACUCUUCCUUCUAUAGAAAACAAAGAAUACUUUCCAACACUGGUUUACUGUCUUCAAUCUAUCAUAAUAAACCGAAAGGUUCAUGUAAUGCAAAUUCACAAAGCUAUAUAGCAUUUUAUACAAAGUUGUCAGAGCAAUAGGACACUAAGGARAUGWUAMCCACAAUACUGUUCGGUCGUGCGUUCAGGUUUGAUUUUGUGGUUGGAAUCAAAGGAAAUAUAGAUUUGAUCGGAAUAUCCAGAUAUUAUCGGAAUAUAGAUAUCGGAAUACAGUUGGACUGUCGAAGCGCUGUAGACAUGCCACGUUUGAGAGGUUGCGUGUUCGAUUUCGGAUAGGCGUGGACAUCACGUGUCCUACAGCUCUGCUGAACACAUGUAAGAUAUAAGAAUUAUAAUCAAUUUUUAAGUACGCAUAUUUUAGCCUGUAUGGCUGGCUUACGGGAAUAAUAAAUAUAUUUAUCAGUGUGUUAAAAUAUCGUAUAUCAUUUGACGACGUAGAAAACAAAAGGUGGUGGCGAAGAUUGYUGUUUGACCUCGUGUUCUCGUUGAUUCAGCCAUAUGCCGACUCUCUAAGUGCUUGAUUAAUUUACUUUAUGCCACUAAUGGAAAUCAUUUGUCUGAAUAAGAAUGUAAAUUAUAGAUAUUAUGGUCUUGGUAGACACGUGAUGCGCUCGUGUCUUUUCAUGGAUCAUGGUCAACCGGCAUGCCUUUCGGGCUUCUGUAAUACAUCGUAAUAUUUUAAGUAAAGAGUUUUUAUUGUCCCGUCGAUGCUCAUAAUGAAUGGAGAUAUUGUAAGAUUCGAUGUUGAAAGCAACGGUUGGAAACGGAUUGUUUAUKUUACCUCAGCGACCGCGUCGAAUGCUUGUUGGCCUUGACUUUUAAAUUCGACACAUGGGAUUCGGCGUAUGCGGCGGAAACGGUUUUGAUUUAUAGUGACACAUCAAUAACAUAGAAAUACCACAAGAUGUGAUCAGCUCUUACAUGUACUUACUUACACUGUUUGGGCUUCCUUUUAAACUGUGCUAGUUUUAAGCAUUUUCCUAAAGGGGUCCCUAAAAACGUUGAAAUCAACUUGGACACCUUUUGCCAUAGAGCUAGCACUACAAUGAAAUUACUGUUAGCAGAAAAGGUACUGUUUCCGCAAGGGUUUACCACCAUUCUUUUAGCGGAGAGUUGGUUGAACAAUGAAUGAAUGUUGGUACGAAUGAAGGAAGCGUCGCUUGUUUGGUACACUCUCCCGCUUUGAUUACCGCAUACUAUCAUAAAUUGGGCCACUUGUGUAAUGUAAUAUUGAUUUUUAGUAAUACGUAGUUGGUAGGUUUAUUUUAGUUAUUAGUAACUGGGGUGUGUCGCGGGUAUUUUUUAAUAUGAAAUAAAAUAAAUUCAAUUUGCCAAUC